CUUUUUCUCUGUUUCUAUCCCUCCCUCCCUCUUGUGUUUCUAAUCCCUCCCGGGAGUGCAGAUUCCUUGAUUCCGUCUCUCGGGGGAGGCUCUCGUGAAUCGCGACGUACUCUAGGGUGGUGCCUCUCACGUGGAAAAACCUCAUCCUCUCUGUAGGCUCCGUGUGCUACAGAUUUGGUGUUGAAGGGAGGAAGGAAUUUUGCUUCAUUCUCUGGUUUGAUUUCUUCAUUUUUUUUAGGUCUUGGGUUGUUAGGAAGAAGAAGAAGAAGAAGAAGACGAAGAAGAAGGUUUGGGGCUGUGGUCUGUCGGGUUGAAGGGCAACCAUGGCAGCGAUGCUGGCGGUUCCUGCUGUGGGGGUGGUGCGGUUGCAGCAGGAUGGCUGGCUGGCGUCGCCGCGCGCUCGGGUGACAUCUAGUCGAAUUUCAGGUUCUGGUGUGACGGCAAUUAGCGGCAGGACUGUUGCUAGUGCGGUGGUUGCGGGGGUGGAUUCGGAGCGCCAUGGUCGCGCUUUUUUUCAAAUUGCGUCUUCCAAGCAUAGAUGGUUAAAAGGUGGGGAUGGCAAGAUCGAAUUAAAGAGACUACAAAGAAGGGUUAGUGUGCAGCAACGCCAUGUCAAUCUACCAGCUCCAAAACGCGUUGUUUGUGGGACUUGUGGUAAUUUAAGGCGGAAGACAAGCUUAAAUUGGGUAGCUCCAAGUCCUCGCAACUUUCACAGUUACAAUGGACUGCGGAGAGUCCUUUCGAAUAGAUCACUUUUUCUGACACAGGCCACGACAGGUCCCCAUGAACCUCACGCGGCAAACUUGGCCUGGCUGCCGGAGGAAGGUGUAAUUGAGGAUGGAAAACAAUCGCAGGCUUUACAAGAUGAGCUAGGAAGCGAAAUUAAUGAAGCUGAUUUUUUAGUGUCCAAGCUGCCUACACAUCCCAAAUUGCACCAUGGGCGUUUGGCCAACGGUUUACAAUAUGUUAUUCUGCCCAACAAAGUGCCUCCAAACAGAUUUGAGGCACAUAUGGAGAUGCAUGUUGGCUCCGUUGAUGAAGCAGAAAACGAACAGGGUAUUGCGCACAUGAUAGAACAUGUGGCUUUCCUUGGGAGCAAGAAGCGUGAAAAGCUUUUAGGGACAGGCGCUCGUUCAAAUGCGUAUACAGAUUUUCAUCAUACAGUCUUUCAUGUACAUUCACCUGUUACCGCUCAAGGCUCCCAAGAGCCCUUGCUUCCUCUUGUGUUGGAAGCACUUCAUGAGAUUGCGUUUAAGCCUAAAUUCUUGGCAUCACGCGUUGAGAAGGAGAGAAGAGCAGUGCUAUCGGAGUUACAGAUGAUGAAUACCAUUGAGUACAGGGUCGAUUGUCAGCUCCUACAGCACUUGCAUUCAGAGAACAUGCUAGGUUAUCGCUUUCCAAUAGGUUUGGAGGAGCAAAUAAAGAAGUGGGACCCUGAAACAAUUAAAGCUUUUCAUGAACGUUGGUAUUUCCCAGCGAAUGCCACUCUUUUUAUUGUUGGUGAUAUUGGCAGCAUCAGUCGGACUAUAGAGAUGAUCGAGGCACAAUUUGCUUCAACACCAGCAGGGGUGAUCACAUCGACCAACACUUCCUUGGAGAACAUUAACCCAACUGCCAUGACAGUUGCAACCUUGAAGGAAAGACAUGCUAUUAGACCCCCGGUACAACACACAUGGUCCUUGCCAGGUGCUGAGAACCAGCUAAAAAAACCGGUUAUCUUCCAACAUGAGCUUCUUCAGAACUUCUCCAUCAGCUUAUUCUGCAAGACUCCCGUACAAAAAGUUCAGACCUUUUCUGAUUUGAGAGAUGUUUUAAUGAGACGAAUCAUUCUAUCAACGCUUCAGUUUCGCAUAAAUACACGCUAUAAGAGCGCCAAUCCGCCAUUCAAUGGAAUCGAGCUGGACCACAGUGACUCAGGUAGAGAAGGAUGUACUGUUACUACUCUUACAGUAACCGCUGAGCCUAAUCAUUGGGAAGGCGCCGUUAAAGUCGGAGUCCAAGAGGUUAGAAGGUUACAUAAAUUUGGAGUAACAAGAGGAGAGCUUCAUCGUUAUUUGAAUGCUUUGCUUAAAGACAGCGAACAUCUUGCAGCAAUGAUAGACAACGUACCGUCUGUUGAUAAUCUUGACUUUAUCAUGGAAAGUGAUGCCCUGGGCCACACUGUCAUGGACCAACAACAAGGUCAUGAAAGUCUGAUGGCUGUUGCCAGCACGGUUACUCUGGAAGAUGUGAAUGCGGCUGGCGCAAAAAUGUUGGAGUACAUCGCUAACUUUGGACUUCCCAGUGCACCUUUACCAGCUGCAAUAGUUGCAUGCGUACCAAAGUAUCUUCAUGUUGAAGGAGUGGGAGACAAGGACUUCGACAUCACCCCUGAGGCUAUCCUUGGUGCAAUUUCUGAUGGACUCAUCGAGCCUUUGGCUGCGGAACCUGAGCUUGAGGUUCCAACAGAACUUUUGAGUUCAGUCCAACUCGCUGCUCUGCACAUGAAUAGACAACCGCGGUUCGUCCAAGUAAAGGAUGGUGAGGAUUCGAUGAAGCUCAUGGAUGAUUCAACUGGUGUCAUUCAGCGUCGAUUAUCCAAUGGCAUCCGUGUAAACUACAAGAUGACUCAAAAUGAAGCUAGAGGAGGAGUCUUGAGGCUAGUUGUAGCUGGUGGAAGAGCACAGGAGAAGCCUGACGCUAGCGGGGCGGUAGCUGUAGGUGUGCGGACUCUCAGUGAGGGUGGAGCCGUUGGUGGAUUUUCUAGAGAGCAGGUGGAAUUGUUUUGUGUGGGAAACUUGAUCAAUUGCGUGCUUGAAGCAGACGAGGAGUUCUUGUGUAUGGAUUUUCAUUUUACACUUCGUGAUGGUGGCAUGCGUGCCACUUUUCAGCUGCUACAUAUGGUUCUGGAGCAUAACGUAUGGCUGGACGAUGCCUUGGAUAGAGCUAAGCAGCUCUAUCUGUCACAUUAUCGAGCGAUGCCUAAGAGUUUAGAGCGGGCGACUGCUCAUCGGUUAAUGCGCGCUAUGUUCAAUAGUGAAGAGCGCUUUAUUGAACCUUCACCUGAAGCUAUUGAAAAGCUGAUGCUACCCAUUGUGCGGGAUGCCGUGAUGAAGCAGUUGGUUCCAUCCAACAUGGAGGUAUGUGUUGUCGGUGACUUCACAGAAAGUGAAGUUGAAUCGUGUUUGCUAGAUUAUCUCGGAACUGUCACCCCUGCCAAUGACGAGCAGUUGCAGUGUAUCGAAGAGGAGAAGCCCGUAGUAAUUAAUGCAAGUUCUACUCCUGAACUGCGAAGCCAGCAGGUGUUUUUAAGGGACACAGACGAGAGAGCGUGUGCGUAUAUAGCUGGAGCUGCCCCCAAUAGAUGGGGAUUCACUUCAGAUGGGCGAGAUUUAAAUACUCUGAUUGAACCCGUUCCUCCAUCAUUAUCAGAGGAGCAAGCUAGAGCGUUGGCUCCACCUGGUGUAGAAGUAAUUAAGGAUAGUAAUGAUAUUCUUUGCUGGAAGAGGCACCGUCAUCCCUUGUAUGCAUCCGUCGCAUUGACACUUUUGGCAGAGAUUAUCAAUGCUCGGUUGUUUACAACAGUUAGGGAUGCGUUAGGUUUGACGUAUGAUGUAUCUUUUGAGCUGAGCCUCUUUGAUCGGCUGAAGGCCGGCUGGUUUGUCAUAUCUGUUACUUCAACCCCUGCUAAGAUAAAAUAUGCUGUUGAUGCAUCUCUAAAUGUACUUCGUAGUAUUCAAGGCAGCAGAAUAAAUCAAAGAGAACUUGAUCGGGCAAAGAGGACACUUUUGAUGAGACAUGAGUCUGACUCAAAAGACAAUACAUAUUGGUUAGGAUUGCUCACACAUCUUCAGGCUCCUUCUGUGAGUAGGAAGGAUGUGGGUUGUUUACGGGAUUUGCCGUUCCUUUAUGAAGUAGCAACAGCAGAGGAUGUGUACAACGCCUACAAUUACCUCAGUCUGGAUGAAACAUCCCUGUUCACAUGCAUGGGAAUUGCUGGAGCAGAAGUCGACAAAGAAACUGUGAUACAAGAAGUCAUUGAAGAUGAGGAGUCUGUUGCAACCAUGCCUAUGACACAUGGUCGUGGAAUGUCCACAAUGACUCGACCAACAACUUGAGCAAUAGAUUUUUGUUAAAAAGUGCUAUGCCGUGUUAAUCCUGCAAGACAUUCACAAAACAUGUCAUAAGUUUUUGGUUUGAUAGCAUGUAGUUGUAUUAUAUUGUCUAUCCUUACUGCAGAGCCUACUGGUUACAAAUCUGAGAGGAUUUAAGUGCGUUUAUCUUCGCAAAAGAUUAGUGGUGAAAUACCAUGAUUUGAAUGUAGUUUGCAUGGCUGUUGUGUAGCAAUUUUUCUACUCCAGAUCUCGCAAUUGAGGAUUUUAGAGAUUUCCAUAAAUGUUCUUAAAAACCACAAUAUUGAUUCUCACAAUACUGCAUUUUCUAGUUAACUCGCUACGAAA